UCAAUUGCUACUUAUCAUGAUUAUUAUACUAAAACACAAAGACACAGUCUCCACAAACACUGACCUGAAAAUAUAACCAAGGAGUCAUAAAAUCCCAGUAUCAUUGAUCCAAUGAUAAGAAUUAACUGAGAGUCACAAAAAAAGAGGUCAAACUUUGACGAACACUGCCUCUGGCAGUAACCAAGCUGACUGCCAGUAACCUGUCUACCCUCUUAAAUAUCUUCCACUUCAUAAAUUCAGCAAACUUGCACAGUGAGUGUCUGAGCGCCGGCUAUAGUACGAGCACUGGGCGUAUUCCGAGAAAAUGUUACCUACAAAGCAUUCUGCACUUAAGUAUGGGUGGCUCAUGACCAUUGGUUGCAUAGCAGUCUGUAUUCUGAGCAUUGCUACAAUGUUGACGCUGGUUUUGUUGAUUAUGGAAGUGAAAGACUUGAGAUCAGAGAUUGGGACAAAAAUGCAGAAUAUGGAAGCAGUUCUGGGCAGCUAUGAACAGCCUCCCAUGGACGACAAGCCCCCCGAGGGCCCAGAACCUGGCACAAACACUGCCAAAUACAGCGGGAAACAGAGUGGGGAGGGAAAGGUGAGCCACCUGAGGACCAAGAGAUCCCCCAACAGCGUUACUCUACCUUUUGGAAGUUGCCUUCAAGGAUCCCAGGGCCCACCUGGUGUUCCGGGGAGGGACGGACAACCAGGUUUACCUGGAAGAGACGGACAGCCAGGUGCACCAGGUGCAUGUUGUUCAUCCUGCACAGUCGGCACACCUGAAACACCAGGCCAGGUAUAUUAUUCCAUCACAGACAUCUGA